ACUAGAUGUGGGAUACAGAGUGGGAUAUGCAGCAGAACAAGAUCAGAUAGCAGAUAUACUAAGAAACUGAAAGACAAGUGGAAGAGGAGAUACCAUCAGCUACAGAAAAGUGGACAAGAAUUAUUUCUUUGAUUGGAUCGGGCCUGAGAAGUCUUAUAAUCUGUUCAUUUGGUCUAGCUGUGAUCAUUUUAUUUGGGUCAAAAUUAUGACUUCAACGCUUCUCUGAAGACAUUUUAUGAUUUCUAUCUGCUCAUGAUCCGCUGGAUACAAGUCAAGCAAGACCUUUGGAGUACUCCAAGGUAGAAUGAACUGUAAUGCUCCCACAAUUUAGGGGAGAAAAAGAAGCAUUUAAACUAGACAGAGACAUGAAGAUAUUCUGGGAACAUUUAAUCUGCAUCAGCAGGAGAGACUGGUUCUACUGGUUCUACCCAUGAGGAAAAAUAUGCAGCAUAUUGGAUAGAAAACUGGGACAUCUGGAAGAAGAGGAGAGUUGAAUUCAAAAUUGGUCAGGUGCGCGUGCACAAAGGGAGUCUGCAGCUGACCCUCAUUUGUCCGUGAGCCUGGUCAGGUUUGCAUGAGCCAGGCUGGUAGUGAAGCCCCGUGGCUGCGUCCCACUGAGGCAUGAGUGUGGGAAGGACCCAGCGCCACAGUUUUCUGUCUUGUAAGGAAGAAGGUCUUAGACUGAGUACGAUGCCUGCCGUGGGCAGCUUUGGCAAUGGAAAGAUCCACACAAGGCGAAAGAACCGCAACCGGUUUGUCAGCAAGACUGGCCAAUGCAACAUCCACUUCUCAAACAUGGAUGAGAAGCCACAGAGGUAUAUAUCUGACAUUUUCACAACAUGCGUGGACAUCCGCUGGCGAUACAUGUUCCUGCUCUUCAGCCUGGCCUUUGUGGUGUCGUGGCUGACGUUCGGCUUUGCAUUCUGGGUCAUUGGUCUCCUCCACGGUGACAUGGAAAGAGAAAUAGGGGAUGAAAACUUUGUUCCUUGUGUCAUGCAGGUCAACACGUUUGUGGCAGCAUUUCUGUUCUCUGUGGAGACGCAGACAACCAUUGGAUACGGAGCUCGUUGCGUGACAGAGGAAUGCCCAGGAGCUGUCUUCUUGGUGGUUUUUCAGUCGAUCGUAGGCUGCAUCAUCGACGCCUUUAUGAUUGGUGCCAUCAUGGCCAAGAUGGCGAGACCCAAAAAGCGCGCGGAGACGCUACUAUUUAGCCACAAUGCAGUAAUCGCUUUGCGCGAUGGCAAGCUCUGCCUCAUGUUCAGGGUUGCUAAUCUGAGGAAAAGCCACUUUGUUGAGGCUCACGUACGGGCCCAGCUGGUGAAGUCCCGCUACACAGAGGAGGGCGAGUACAUCCCCCUGGAUCAGAUUGACAUGAAUGUAGGCUAUGACAAAGGCAUAGACCGCCUGUUUUUGGUUGCACCCCUCUCUGUCAUACAUGAGAUUGAUGAAGAAAGCCCAUUGUUUGGCAUCAGCAAGCAAGAUCUAGAAACAUCUGACUUUGAGGUAGUAAUCAUACUUGAGGGGUUGGUGGAGGCCACAGCUAUGACAACACAAGCUCGCACCUCUUACCUGCCCUCUGAGAUCCUAUGGGGUCACCGUUUUGAGCCCCUCGUGUUUGAGGAAAGGAGCCAGUACAGGGUAGAUUAUGCAUACUUUCACAAAACAUUUGAAGUACCCUCCACCCCCACCUGCAGCGCCAAGGACAUCGAGGAGAGAAAAUUCCCAGAAUCUGCUGCCAACUCUUUUUGCUAUGAGAACGAGCUGGCCUUCAACAGCAAGGACGAGGAGGAAGAAGGAGAUGUGGAGAAAGAGCAAGGCAGUCAGGCUUCAUCUGUGCUCUCCAAGGAACACAGUCAACCAUCCCCUUGUAAAGAAUCAAAAAUAUAACUCUUAUUUGUUGACUGAAUUGCAGUUUUUGAAUGCAGAGCACGUGGAGAGGCCUAUGAUUGUCAGUCUGCUGGCAUGAGGACACCACUGAGGACACAUCUGCUGCAGGUGGAGGACCAGCCACGCUCUGUCUCCUUCCUACAAGGGGGAAACUCAAGGAACAUAUUUGGUUCCCUGAAAUGGUUCCUGAGCAUUAUCAGAUGCAAAUAGAUCUGUAUUGGUUUAAAUACAGAUGAUCAUAGAAAUAAAGCGCAUGACAAAAACCCAACUGUAAAAAAACUCAUAAAAACAUGUGAUUUAUUUGGAUGAAGUGUCUGAAUACAUCUGUUUCUCAUUUAUACCUUUUUCAUGUUAGUGUGAGGUGAAACUGUCAUUGGAGCCAUUAUUUAGGAAAACAAAUAAGUAGAAUAUUUCUCUGAAGUCCUUUGUUGAAAAGUAAACUUUCAUCUAAUAUAUAAUGAAUUAAAGGACUGAAUGUUCAGGAUCACAUUACCAGUGAUGGAUAGUUAGUUAGCUGGCACACAUAAAACUAACCAACAUACAAACGGAAAGGACUGCACAGAGCUUUGGGUGAACAUAAGAUCAUUUUAGAUAUUCAAUAACAUAAAGCGAAAACAUGCUUGAUGGUACAUCAGACUUUGUAAAUCUUUCUACCUUUUCAUUCAAGAACGUUAAGGACAACACUGAACAAAUGACUCCCUUCUGUCUGCUCGUUUUGCUACAUCUGUCAAACCGUGCUGCUGAACUGAUCUCAUGUGCAACUCACCCUGAUCCCCGUUCACAUACUGCAUAAUGCUAUACAGUAUGUAUUAGUAGUAUGCGGCUUUGAAAAUGACCCAGGCCAAAAUAUAUCCUGCAUCCUUACAAGCUGAAUGUAAGGUAGGUACUCACAUUUUUUUUUGUUUGGGUUACAUAUUCUUGUUUAGUUUAGUUGAAACAUAGGUUAGAUAUCUUUAGUAAUUGUCUCUUUAGAAUCAGGAAUAAUUACCUCUUCCUAAUGCUGGCUGGGGCUGCUGGAAUACAAACUAAUCCAAUAAACUGAGGGAGCUGCUAAUACUGAUCCUCUCACGUAGCACAGUGAGGAAAAACGGCACAAUUGAUACAGAUGGCUCUGGAACUGGGUGAGGUAUCUGCUGUAGGUAAUAGCUGGCUGAGCUAUUUUCAGAAAAUUGUUUUCCAAAGCAGGAUUUGAAAUCAUGCCGGGCAAAAGAAGAUCUCCGGAAAACCAAAAGAAUCUUUCAUGUAAAAAGGCCAUCAUAAAUGUUGAUGUCUGAAAGACCACAUGAAGGAAAUAACAAGGAUAAUUCAGUAAUCAUAACAAAGGGGAUUGUUAAAAAACUAGCAGGCAUGAUUUUGUGAUAAAUAUUAAAAUGCAAGGCUAUUAAAGAUGAAGGAAAACAAGAACUACAUAGUGUAUUCUAGGAGAGUGAUGAUCUGUGAUGUGAGUGAUGUCAACUAAGUCAACUAAGUGAACUCUAAGAGUUUUGAAGGUGUGGAGGAAAACAAAUGCAAGACGCCAAACUAAGACAGGUGUUUGAUUAAUAUCUGUGUAUUGUCAUGAUUU